AUGGCGAGCAUGGAAGCAAAGGACAUUGAAGAGCGCGGUAAACAACUGGCCAAAGCUGCAGUGGGCGGCGACCCUCCAGCAACUUUGCUCGCGCUUCUGGACGGACUCAAGGGAUGGACGGCCACGGAAAAGCUGUUGCGCCAGACCAAGAUCGGUGUGCACGUCAACAAGUUGCGCCAGAACCCCGACACCCAAGUCGCGCGAACCGCCACUACCCUCGUCAACAAAUGGAAGGGCGACGUCAAGAAAGCUCCUGCGACAGCUGCCUCCAGCGGCACAAACUCUCCUGCUCCGAACAAGUCCUCGCCCGCGCCUGCCGCUGCCAGCAAGCUAAAGGCCGAGCCGCAGGGCGACCUUGAGAAGCGCAACAGUCUGUCAGAUAAGAUCGAUACCGCCGUUACCGGCAACCAGACUCGCGACGCAUGCAUCAAGCUGAUGUACGAUGGCUUGGCCUUCAUGUCGCCUGAUGCUGCGCCAGAAAUCUUGAAAGUCGCUCGCUCUGUAGAGCUCGCUGCUUACAACGCCUACCAGCCCGAGGGCAGCCCCGAAUACCGUCAGCGCAUACGAUCCCUCUAUCAAAAUCUCAAAAACAAGUCCAACCCAAAGCUCCGUAGUCAGGUCCUUUCAGGCUUCAUCAAGCCUGAUCGCUUUGUGCGCAUGACACACGAGGAGUUGAAGAGUGACAAGCAACGCGCAGAGGAUGAGAAACUGCAAAAGGAAAACAUGGACAAGGCCAUGGUAGCCCAGGCUGAGAGGAGUAUCAGCGCCAGUCUGACCUGCGGCAAGUGCGGUCAGAAGAAGGUCAGUUACAGUCAGGCUCAGACGAGAUCUGCCGAUGAACCUAUGACCACCUUCUGUGAGUGUACCGUCUGCGGCAACAGAUGGAAGUUCUCCUGA